UCGGCAUUGUUUUUCGAAAAAUUCAACUUGGCAACAUUUUUUUUUUUUUUUGGUUCAAUGAUAUUUUUGUGAUGGAUAAAAUGUCCAGUAAUGAACAACAAAAUGAAUAUACAAAGUUUGGUUAUGUAUCUCAACGAUUACAUUUUGAUCCAGCCAAUAUCCAAUUGAUGACCAAGAUUUAUAAUCGUGAUUCACCUAAAGCAAAUUUUUUAAGCGUAAUUUGGACAACAAAUGAUAAUAAAUGCUAUGCUUAUGGCCACAAUGCAUCAGGCUGUUUGGGUAUUAAUCAAUCACCGUUUAUACAAGCAAAAAAACCUACCUUGAUUCGUGAAUUAUCUAGUCAACAUUUGAUUAAACUUUGUUCGGGACAGCUUUUCGUAUUAGCAUUAACAAAUAAUGGUAGAUGCUAUUCAUGGGGUGAUAAUCGAUUUGGUCAAUUGGGCUUAUCGCGUUCAAAUUCACAUAUUGGUAAACCAUCAUUGAUCAAUUCUAUUAAGGAUCCAAUUGUAGAUCUUGCAUGUGGUCUACAUCAUUCUUUAUUAUUAACGGUUACCAAUCAUCUUUAUUCGUUUGGUUCAAAUUUAACCGGUUCUGUUGGAAAUGGUACAACAUUUCACCAAUUAAAACCUAUUCAAUUGACAGAUUUUACACAAACACAAUCAUUUGGUGGAGUGGAUUUUGUUGAUAUUGCUUGUGGUGGUUGGCAUUCAGCUGCUGUAAAUCUUAAAGGUGAAUUAUUUGUUUGGGGCUGGAAUCAAACUGGUCAAUGUGGUCAUGAUGAUUUGAAAACAAAUGUAUUGUCACCGACAAAAUUGAAUACAAAUAUUUUAAUUCAAUCGGUUCGAUGUGGUCAGAAUCAUACAUUAAUGUUAACAUAUGAUGGAAAAGUUUGGGCCAUGGGUAACAAUCAACAAGGUCAAUGUGGUGUAAAUAUAACAUCAGAUUCAAUAAAUUUUACGAAACCGGUAUUAGUACCACUUGAUGAACCUAUUGGACAGAUUGGAGCAUGGUCUAAAUCGGAUAUUUCUAUUGCUAAAUCCAUGUUAAUUGGUGGUAAAUUUUUCGUGUGGGGACCAAUGAAACCUACGGCAUCAAACCAUUCGGAUGGUAAAAAUAAUUUCAUACAUAAGAUAUCAUUAUGUUCAUUGGGAAUUUUAUCACCGAUACAUCAAACAAUGAAUCAGAUUUUGGCCAAUUUUGAUAUAUCUAGAAAUACUGAUGAUCGUAAAUUGUUGCAUGGAAAAUAUCAGAUUAAUUUUCCAUUCAAACGUAUUCUUAUUCAAGCCAAUAAUGAUAUCAAUGUUACGAAUAACAAAUUAUUGGAAACAUUAAACAAUCCAAAUGAAUGUGAUAUUGCCAUCGGAUUUGGUUCACCAUGUCAACUAUUCGAUUGUCAACGAAUAAUAUUCGUUCAACAAUUAAUAUUGGAAAGAUUUAGUAAUUUUUUUCAACGAUUACCAAAAUCAUGGAUAAUUGUUGCCGAAAAUCAAUCACCAUUGACACCACCGCCUGAAGAAUCGAACGAUUUGGAUGGUGGUCAACCACAAUCAUUGAGUGCCGAUGUUUGUUCAGCCGAUGGUGUUUUAAUGACAAAAUUUAUUCAACCAUUGAAUAGACAACGAAAACGAUAUUAUUUACUUCUAUUGGAUAAAGAUUUAGUCAAUGAACGUGCCAUGUAUGCUUAUCUAAUGUUUCAAUAUAGUUCACAAAAAUUUUUCAUUAUUGCCAAACAAGAUUUAAUUGAAUUACUACGUAUAGCUGAAUUAAUGGAAGAUAAAUUACUUAUGGAUUGUUGUCUAAAUUAUAUUGUGGAAAAAUGUUCCGAUUGUAUGGAACAAAUCUGUUCAUUAUUUAGUCAAGCAUUGCGAUUAGAAUUAUCAUCGGUAAAAGAUUUUUGUAUAAAAACAUUUCUAUCUAUUCCCGAAAUGGAAAGAUUUGAUUUAUUGGAAAAAAUUUAUCGAAAACGUGAAGAAACAUUUGAUUUGAAAUUUUGUUUUAUAAAUGAUCAAGAUGCAAAAACUGAAGAAAAAGUAGAAAUCAAUAUAAAAUGUCAUAAACUUGUCAUAUUUGUUCAUGGAAAUAUCUAUCAAUCAUUUGCUAAUAUAGAACGUUCAAGAUUAUUUAAAAAUAUAAUACAAAUGGCAAAUUUUUCUUCAGAUGAAUCAAUCGAUUCUAUCCGAUCAAAGUUAUUUAAAAUGGAUUGUAUUGAAUUACCUGUCAAUAAUCAAUGGUUUUUUAAUAAUGAAAUAUUCGAAUUAUUCAUUUAUCACAUAUAUCAUGGACGAUUUCCUUGGAUUCAUAUGACCGAUAAGCAGCUGAUACAAUUAUAUCAUUUGGCCAACUUAUUUAAUGAUUCAAAUAUUCGAUCCAAAGUUAUUCAACAGAUACAAUGUCAUAUAAGCGGUGAAAAUGUAUGCCAUUUUUAUAGCCAAUACUGUAUGAUGACCACAUCAGAUUUGAAUGAACAAAAUGUUUGUUUAGAUGAAUUGAAACAAAUCUGUAUGGAAACGGUAAAACAAGAUAUGAUAAAAUUGUUUCGUGGAUCUGAUUUUCAAUGUUUUAUAUUGAACAAUGAUCAAAUUCUAAAAGAAUUUAUGACGGAUUUUUCAAAUCAUUUGAAAACUUUUUCAUCAUGAACAUCAAAGUAAAAUAAAGUAAAUUUUUUCAAUUAUUCUAAAUGUAUCAACAUGGUUUUUGUUGAAACGAUGAUAGAAUUCGAUAAAAAAUAGCUAAAAUAAGCGGUUGUGGUGCCAUCUUUUAUCUGUCAUGACAACAAAUUAUUGACAGCAGUUUUUUGUCAUCGAAAUCGAAAUACAAGUAAUUUAUUUAUUU